AUGUUCAGUCCAAAUCCGGGAGGCUACGUGCCCGAGAAAACUAGGGAUAACACUCCCGUCAAAGGGGCCACCGGGUACUGGGGCUUUAACAAGCCAGUCGUCACACUUAGACUUGAUUGCGGACUCGAGGUAAGGGAAGGAGGGGGCGGGUCGGGGGCCGGCAUCAGGGAAGCUGAUCGAUCAGUUUCAGCAAAAGGGGGAAAAUUGUGGGAGGAGGGUAGGUUCGAUGCUUCCAUUAGGGGUAGUGCCCCAAGGAAAUCGGUUCCAAGAACAAAUUCUUUAGAAUUUUCUUCUACGAGGAGUGAGCAAGUUAUCAUCUGGAUUCCAGAUAAUUCAAACUUGAUCUCAGUUCCUUGUGUGAAGGUUUUCUCAAAGCCCUUAGAGAGGAUUGUUCUUCUUCUUUUCCUUGUGGAUUGUUGUGUUGAGGUUCUCGGGUAUCCACCCGUAGUGGUUGUACAGAGGAGGAAAUUCUUCUGGGCACAGAGAACACUUAUGUGCUUCGUACUUUUGAAGUUUUUCGCACACGAAGUGUUUGAGGUCUUCUGGCAUGACUUCGAAGUUUCCUUUGAUAUUGAUCAGAUUGUUGAAAUUAAUCCACUCUUAAAAAAGGAGUUUAUUAAGGUCGGACUGGCUCCUGUUAGGAAUACUGCCUUUACCCCGGCGGAGGGUUCUUCUCCAAUGUCUGUGAAGACAGUUUUGAGGAUGAAGCCUCAUGUUGAACUGUUUCCUCUGAAGGAGGAGAGUUCGUCUCCUUUACCUGUGAAGAAAACUUUUCCUUUAUUGCUAAAAGAUAAAGGUUUUGCUGAGUAA